AUGACGGCGGGACGGCCGGUAGUCAUUGGCGUCAAACAUAUGUCAGUGUCACCGUCAACUCGCCCUAGUGGCUGGAGCAACCUUCAGGCCAACGCCCCGCGCACGCCUCGCCCUGUGCAGCUGUGGAAUCAACGCAGCGGGCUGAGCAAUAUCUGGGGAAGGAUGAUGGCGCGAAUCCUGAAAGAAAAAAAAAAAACGCCCUCCGACAGCGAAAGGUGGGCGCGAUGGCGCAUAGCAACCAACAGUGUUCGUGUAACUUUGCAAGUAUGGAUGCACAAACGGCACCAAUAG